GAUACCCCUAUAGUUCGCGGCAUCAACAAUUUAGAAUCUGGGAGUCAGAGCACGCUAACCUGCACAUCAAACAACGGAUAUCCGACAUCGUUGGUCCAUUGGUACCUCGGGUCUGAAAAUGUUACACAGUACUCGUCAGUUCAAACUGAGUUGACCUACGAACAACGUGUAUUCACACUAAGUAAUCUUACAUUCGUACCAACUCGCUACAACCAUGGACAGUUGUUGGUCUGUGAAAUACUACACUCUGCACCGCCAUACUCAUGGACCAAGAAUAAAACAGAUGUUCUUAACAUCGCAUUCAUCCCAGAUGUAUACCUUCUUUGUCGACCAGACGACAUCUUCAACAUUCUUCGAUGCUUGGCUACCAGGAUUCGAUGGCGGGUUGCAACAAACGUCCAGUCUGAAAUAUUGUCCAAAGGAUGCGCAAGCAGAGACAGAGGGGUGUGGUUUUGUCACAAACAUCACAGGGACAUCCUACACAUUGGUCGGACUUUACCCAUUCACGUGGUAUAGGAUGACUGUAUGGGAGGUGAAUAGCGCGGGAAGCAGUAGUCCGGUGGAGGUAGUGGCAUCAACAGCUCCUUUACCACCGGCCAAAUACGGUAAGCAUCACGAGGCUUUUGUGUUGGAUUGGUUGUGAUAUAAUUAGAAUCACUCUCCACCCACUAGUUUUUAAUUGUUA